GCUGUGUGUAUCGUUCAUUGUAAAGAGAGUGGUGGUCGCGCACAUCUCGUGUAAAAGAAUCCAGUUGGAUUCUGUCCUUGGAAUUGGUUUUUCGAACAUUGUUUUUGAACGUCUCAGUGAAGAGAGUGACCUGACACAAAUUGUGGGAACAUCCCACCCUCCGAAACGUGAUUUUUUUCGCUAAUUUAUCGGUAAGAAAAAAGUCCGAUUUAUUUAUCGGCCCCGAAGAUGAUGCACGCAAUGAGCGAGCAUGGUGCUGUCGGCGUAAUACCGUUCGACGGAAUGGGUCUGUACGAACAACCGCGACCAACUCGCUUAGUCUUCAAGAUGCCACGAGUCGUACCGGAUCAGAAGUCCAAGUUCGAGAGCGACGAGCUCUUCAGGAGAUUGAGUCGCGAGAGCGAGGUGAGAUACACAGGCUAUAGAGACCGGCCAAUCGAGGAGCGACAAGUACGAUUUCAAAAUGGCUGUCGCGAGGGUCGCACAGAGAUUGCGUUCGCGGCAACGGGUACCAAUCUUCAACUUGUUUUUGGCACCGCGUCUGGAAAUUACGCAGUCGACCCGUUGGAUUGUGAUUUCGAGAAAGAACACGGCAAAGUGCAUUUGCGCUCGCACUUGAUCAUGAACGGCGUUUGCGUGAGGUGGCGAGGUUGGAUUGACUUGGAGCGUCUGGACGGCGUCGGUUGCUUAGAAUAUGACGAAGAGAAUGCCAUCGAAGAAGACAGACUGUUGCGGGAACAAUUGGAGCGCUACAAUCAACGGCUGCGCGAGUUUGAGGAGAAGCAGCGAGUCUUUCGUACCGGAGCGGCGGCCGCGGCGCAACCGCCUCAUUUGAAUCACCACUAUCAUCAUGACACUCACCAUGCUGCUAGCCAUCACCAUCAUCACCACGGUCAUCAUAGCCGGCACGUGGGUGGCGCGGGUGCGACCGGCGCCACCGCAACAGGAAUCGAGCCUCAUCUGCCGCAUCGCCAGGACCCCGAGAUGGAGGUGCGACUGCGGGCUUACUGAGGCGCGAACCAAAAUCUUGCGAACAGUCUUGAAGACUGUCAAAGAUAAUACGCGAUUUUUUCGAUCUACACGACGAAAAGAUCUUUUCCCGCGUCUCGAGUUGUUGAAAUCAAUCGUAAAGAUGAGAAAUAUAGAUUUUUGUCUGUUCUGCGACGAACGUAAAUAUAUUUGGACGACGUCAAUACACUGCAUGCAUUAAUGCUUUUCGCAGGAAAAAACGCUGUGCUUCCUCUUUUACACGCGCAGUUGUUGUUGUAAAGAGGAAACUACUUUUCCUCUCGGAAAAACAUCGAUGCAUCGUGGUUAUAUCGAACAAAAAUUAUACAGUCGUGAACAAAAAAGCUGAGGAGAGGUUUCUUUUCUUACGAAUACCGAAUCGAAAUUGCUGUUGGAUAUUGGAUUCUGAAUAUUGCAUGUUGGAUUCGAUAUCUAAAUCAAACUCCAUCGAGAUUCCUAAAAAGAGUUUUCCGGCCUUUCUUUUCGACUACUACAUAACAACCAGGAAAUUUGUUACUUUAGUUUUUUUUAAAACCUGUGUGCGUUUAUGAAGGAACAAGAGCGAAACAUUUUUUUUUCCCAUUCCAUUCGACUGAUCGUUUGAGAAUUAAAAAAAAAAAAACGCUCACUUUGGACAUAUCCUGUAAUUGUUUUAUGAGCUUGUCAUAAAUUGAUGAGGUUAGUGAAAUCUACUGUGGGACAAAUAUGACCGCAGAACAGAUACUUUCGCGAGCAUCAGGGGAAACGCGGCACGACACAUUAAUUUUAUCAUAAUUGAAUCAUUUUUACAGAACAAAACACGACAGAGCACAUGACGAAAAAAAUGUAGCAUUAAAUUUUUUUUUUAAUUUAUUUAACGUAAUAUUGAAAAAAAUAUUUUAAUUAACAGACUUAAACAAAACAUUAUCGAUUCGCGAUGUCCCUCAAAGGGGACAACAAUUGUGUCUCGAUCAGAUAUUACCGGAUAUGGAUCUCCGAGUUUCUCAGAGAUCGUAAAAGUAAGUUUUGCGUCUCCAUUUGUCUUCCACUGCGCACGAGAAAGACCGCCGCAUCUCCUCUCGCUCGCGAGAGCGAUCUUCACGACUGUUGCGUUCGAAGAGAAGACAACGAUCGUGAUGAUGAUGAUGAUGAUGAUGAUGAUGAUGAUGAUGAUUACGUCACACGAGUAUAUACGGCUUGUCAUUGACGAAGC